CCAAUCCUUUAUUGCUUAAUGCUGUCUUGUCCUUAUUUACAUAUUUUAAUUAAAAAAAUCAAAUUUUGAGUAAUUUUAAAACUUUUAAAAUUAGAAAUUUAUUUUGAGUAUGUUAAAUAUAUUCAAACCUAAAAGUCAUGCAAGUUUUCAACCAGCUGAACUCCAAAAUAUUUGCCGAAUUUGUUUACAUUUCACUGAAAAUUUUCUAUCGCUAUAUGAUAAUGAAAUUGAAUUUUUGAUAUCUGAGUUUUUACCACAAAAGUUAUGCCGCAGGCCUUUACAUCCUUACCGAAUAUGCGUUGAAUGUUUUGAUGAAGCAAAAGUUGCUUACAUAUUUAAGAAGCAAUGUGAGUAUGCAGAUAAACUAAUUAAAUUAGUGUUACAUGAACCGGAUGACAAAAAAUCUUUCGAAAAGGAAACUCAAACCGAUUUUGACAAAUUCAAGUCUCCACGCGAUUUUUCCUGUAGAAAUGAAUGUUUUUUAUGCACAAAAAAUUUCACUAGAAAAGAGUAUUUAAGAAAACAUAUUGUUAAAAUACAUAAAGUAAAUAAAACGUUCAAUAUUAAUAAAAGAAUUAGAAUAGAAAAAGAAUUUUUAAAAGGAAAUGAUUGCCAGUUAUGUAACGAGUCUUUCAACAAUAAAGAAAAUGUGAGGAAACAUGUAAUUAGCGCCCAUAAUUCAAACGAAAAAUUUCUUUCACAAUACACUUUUGAAAAAAAUGAAACGUUACCAGAAAAUAAGUAUAAAAUUACUCCAGUCAGUUUAAAUAAUUUGGAAAUUUUGAAAGAGUUGCCAUUACCUUUUCAACCAGAAAAUUUAGAUCGCCCAUCUAAACCGCUGGAGAAAAUAGAAAUCACUGAACCUUUAAAUAAUGAGUUAGAAGAUGAUCUACUUGAUGAAGAUCCACUCAUGUCUUUUGAAUGCGUUUCAGUGCUUGAUGAAAAUCUUGAUUUGGAAGAAGAAUACGAUGAAGAUGAACAAGAUGAGAAUGAGAAGCAGAACAAAAAAGAAAAUGAAAAACAAUUUGCUAAGAAGACGAUAAAAGUUACAAAAGAGCUUAUUAAAUCAAUGAUAUCGGAAUCUAAAAAGCGGAUUGCAAAGAUUGAAACCAAACCAAAUGAGGACGGGAAAUAUGAAUGCGAAAUUUGCAAAAAAACAUUUGAUAAGUCGGCAGCUUUGAUAAAUCAUAAGUUUUCACAUUCCGAAAUUGCAAAGCCUUAUAAAUGUACUCUGUGUUCCGAAUCAUUUCUAAGACCAGUCGAUUUAAAAAAUCAUGUUAAUAGUGUUCAUGAUGGCAUAAGACCUUUCAAAUGUUCAAUUUGUCAGAAAUCUUUCAAACGGAAUGAGCAUCUACAAUGCCAUAAGAAUCGACAAAUAUGCUUGAACGAUAAGAAAAAAAAGAAAAUUAUUGGAACUAGAACAGCACAUAAUACAGUGCCGGAAAGAGAAUAUUUUUGUUCCCAAUGUGGUAAGAGUUUCACAAAAUGCAAUUGCUUUACUAUACACGCCAGAAUGGACACUGGAGAGCGGCCAUAUAAAUGUAGAUAUUGUGGGAAGGCUUUUCCGAGAAGUACAGAUAAACAUGUACAUGAAAGAGAGCACAGAGGAGAAAAGAAGUAUGAAUGCACAGAAUGUAGCAAAACGUUCGCAACAAAUUAUAAAUUACGAAAUCAUAUCCGAAUUCAUACAGGCGAACGACCACACAAAUGUACAUACUGCCCAAGAAGUUUCGCGAAAAAAAUUGACUUGACAAAACAUCUCCGGCAGCAUACAGGCGAAUUAUUUUAUUGUAAUCUCUGCGACAUGAGCUCCGAUCAAAAGUACCUCUUGAGAAGACAUAAACGUGAAGUACAUGGCGUGGUUGAACCUGGGGGUAGAGUUUUUUUGUAUAUUAAUUGCGUAUCUGUUACUGAUUCUAGUAUUCUAAUUUUCAUAUAUAAUUCGUUUUCUGACGGUGCUAUUGGCGAAAGGGGUACAGGCGGUGGAUACCUGCCGCUGAAUUUUUACAAAAUGAGUGCGGAAAGCAAGUUGUAUCAACCAUAUACCCCAACAGAAUUAAGUCCUGAAAACGUUGAAAAUGUUUGUCGAAUUUGUUUACAAAUUGAUAUUCCAUUGUCCUCAAUUUUUAGGAAUGAUGUUGAUAAGAUGAUUUCUGAGUUCGUAUCUGAUAAGAUUGAUGAGCAAGACCAGUUUCCACAUCAGAUAUGUGAAAAAUGUCUAAUAGGUGUGAAAGAAGCGUACGCUUUUAAAAAGAAAAUCGAAUAUUCUCAUGAAGUUAUCAAAAAACUCUUAAGUGGGAAAAGGUCGAUUAGAAUAACUAGAAGAAACAUAGGCCAAGUAAAUUGUCAACUGAAUAUCUCUCUCCAAAAUCCUUCCAGCAAAACUUGUUUUCAAUGCCUUAUUUGCAAUCGAAAUUUAAAACGAAAGAACCUUUUAAAAAAGCAUAUGGAAAAAGCACACAAAUUUCUUAGAUUCGAUGAAGAAUUGGACAGUAUCUUUGAUAACGGGAAAGAAAAAAUUAAAAAGGCUGAUAGCGAAAAUAACAUGGAGCAGGAACCCCUUUCUACGUUUCUGGAAGUAAAGGAGACAGACAAGGAUGGAAAACAUAGCAUUGUAAAAUUUGAAAAUGAAACUAAUGUAACCAAUUCAAAUCAAAUAAAUAUAAAAACACAAUAUGCAAAAACAGAAAAGGAUUUGAAACUGCAUUUAGAAAAACAGCACCAAAAGAGCGGUGCUAAUACUGUUGAUAUUAAAGCGGAAAUUCUUUUGGAAGAAAAUUCGAAUGUAAAUGAUUCGUUUGAUUUCGGAUGCUUAACUGCAGAACAAUCGGAAGAAAUAAAGGAUCAGGACUUAACUAUUUUAAAUAACGAUAUUUCAAGCGACUAUCAUGAAAAUAAUUCCUCAACUGCAAGCUUAGAUGUAUCCCAAGCAGGAAAUGUGAAAUCAAAUAAAACUCGACCGAAGACCAUCAAUGCGUACAAAUGCCACAUAUGUGAAAAAGAAUUUUCUUGUAGAACAACAACCAGACGGCAUUUGAAAAAUAUUCAUAAAUUUGAAAAUUUCGAAGAUGAUAUUUGGCUAUCAAAAGUGUACCAGAAAACUAUUGAGGCAAAAAUUUAUGAAUGUGAAAUUUGUAAAAAAGUCUAUGCUAAAACUCAAGACUUGUUUCGUCAUCAACUAUUGCAUACUGGCAAUCCAAGAGCGAAACCGUAUUCGUGCACAAUGUGCUCAAAGUCAUUUUCCAGGUCAAAUCAUUUGAAAACUCACGUGAAUGGAGUUCACGCAGAUUUAAGGCCAUUUAAAUGUUUAACAUGCGAGAAAUCGUUUAGACGUACUGAACAUUUAAAAAGGCAUAUUUUGAUCUGUUCAACAGGAAGGAAAAGGCGUGCCAAAAAACCAACCGAACAUCGUUUUCCUUGUGAGGUGUGUCUAAGAAAAUUUUCAACAGAAAAAGCCGUACAGGAUCAUAUUGACCUAGAACAUAAUGAAACCAGAGAAUUUUCUUGCAAAUAUUGUUCAGAAAAAAUUAUUGGUUCAACUGAAUAUAGAAAACAUUGUAAGGAACAUUAUAAGACUUCCAAACAAUUUCUUUGCUCUGAAUGUGGUGGUAGUUUUAGAAAAUUACAGGAUUUUAAAAUUCAUUUAAAACGACAUACAGGCGAAAAACCGUUUAAAUGUCAAUAUUGUGAUAAAGCCUUCUUGAGACCAGCAGACCAACAUGCGCAUGAAAGAUCGCACACUGGUGAAAGAAAUUUUAAAUGUACGAAUUGUCCAAAAGCGUUUUCAACUGCUUACAAAUUGCGAGUUCAUAUGCGAAUUCACACAGGCGAACGGCCUUAUAAGUGUUCAUAUUGUCCUAGGGCUUUUGCAAAAACUGGUGACCUGAAAAUUCAUCAUAAGCGUCGACAUACUAGCGAGCGUUUUUAUUGUGAUCUUUGUGAUUUAGGAUUUGUUCAAAUGUUUAAUUUAAGACAACAUAAACGUCAGGUUCAUGGUGUCGACGAACCACCUAUUAGAACUAAUUUCGUACAUAAAGUUGAAUUGCCGCCAAAGGAAUCGUCUAAUAAUAUUACCACUGAGGCGGAAAAUAGAAGUUUAAACAAUGGUCUUUCAUCCCAAGCCGAAGACGAAAAAAAUGAGCAAGGAAAUAUUAAAAAUGAAACAAUCUGUGAGUUUAAUUCUCAGUACGGUUUGCUGACAUCAUUAUAUAUUUAAGUAAUACGUCUUUUUAAUAAGUACUACAUCUAGGAAUUUUAGAAUUCGCAUAAGAAAACACUGAAAACAAGUUUAAGAUAAAAAGUUGGAUGAGCUGGAUAAAGUACUGCAACAUUUCUUAUAUUCUAUAUUUUAGAGUAAUAAUGUUUGAAAUAGGCAAAAUUAAGAGAACUUUGUUAAUAUUUUAACCUCAUAUAUUAAAAAUUCGUUUUUGGUGAAGGAAACCAUAAUCAGUAGCAUGCUAUAACCACUUAUUUAUUUAUUUAUUAACAAAAAAUGUAAAUAAAUAAAAAUAAAACUGAGAUUGACUAACAAAACUAAAAAGAUGCUCAAAGCAGUUAAACUCAA